GGCGGCUGACCAUGGUGCUGCCGCCGCCGGACCGGCGCCACGUGUGCCUGACUACGCUGGUGAUCAUGGGCAGCAUGGCUGUAAUGGACGCGUACCUGGUGGAGCAGAACCAAGGCCCGCGCAAGAUCGGCGUGUGCAUCAUAGUGCUGGUGGGCGAUGUGUGCUUCUUGCUAGUGCUGCGCUACGUGGCCGUGUGGGUGGGCGCCGAGGUGCGCACGGCCAAGCGCGGUUACGCCAUGAUCCUCUGGUUCCUCUACAUCUUCGUGCUGGAGAUCAAGCUCUACUUCAUCUUCCAGAACUAUAAGGCGCGACGCGGCGCGGGCGACCCCGUGGCGCGCAAGGCGCUGACGCUGCUGCUGUCGGUUUGCGUGCCGGGCCUCUUCCUUCUGCUGGUGGCGCUGGACCGCAUGGAGUACGUGCGCACCUUCCGUAAGCGCGAGGACCUGCGCGGUCGCCUUUUCUGGGUGGCGCUCGACCUGCUGGACCUGCUGGACAUGCAGGCCAACCUGUGGGAGCCGCCGCGCACCGGGCUGCCGCUGUGGGCCGAGGGCCUCACCUUCUUCUACUGCUACAUGCUGCUGCUGGUGCUUCCGUGUGUGGCGCUCAGCGAGGUCAGCAUGCAGGGCGAGCACAUCGCGCCGCAGAAGAUGAUGCUCUACCCGGUGCUCAGCCUUGCCACUGUCAACGUGGUCGCCGUGCUGGCGCGCGCCGCCAACAUGGCGCUCUUCCGCGACAGUCGCGUCUCGGCUAUCUUCGUGGGCAAGAAUGUGGUGGCUCUUGCCACCAAGGCCUGCACCUUCCUGGAGUACCGCCGCCAGGUGCGCGACUUUCCGCCACCUGCGCUCGCCCUGGAGCUGCAGCCACCACCCUCUCAGCGCAACUCCGUGCCGCAGCCCCCGCCAUUGCACGGCCCACCUGGGCGCCCCCACGGGCCCUCGCCCACGCGUGACGUCUUGGACACGUGACAGGGCCGGAGCGGUUGCGAGGACGACAAUGGGGCACAGAGACACUGUGUGCGGUUUGCAUGGGAUAGGGUAGGGUCGGGCGCCCCCUGGGGGCAGGUACGGAGAGUGCCGGUGCGUGGCGCGGUGGCUUCUUCAUCUCAGGAAUCCCUCGGACCACGGACUCUCAGCCCACCCCACCAGCCAGGCAGUUUUUGAGGCCUGGGCAUCAGCAAAGCAGAGGUGGUCUGUCCUUGCCUGAUGGGCUGCCGGGUUGGCAGGGAGGGCAGUGGGGGCCUCUGGCUCGGAGUUUGGGGCCAAGGAGACCCCUGUCAUUUUAAAGACUCGUGUUUACAGUUUUGUAUCAGAGGCUGCACUGCUUUGCCUAUUUCACAAUCUGUGUCUUUAACGGCUGGCUUGGGUGCGUGAAAGGGAGCUGAGAAGGCCGUAUCGGGUAUUGGUCUGGUGGCUGGCCAGUCCUUUCCCAGGACUCUUCCUGGUGGCCCUCAGGAGCUCAGCUACUCUGGGCUCACUGUUCCCAUCUUCAGAGGGACCAUGGCCAAACUCUGCUCUGUUCUUCCUGGGGUACCUUGAACCUCUGUUUCCCAUGCCAUGGGCAUCCUGGUCCUAUGUCUCCCCCACCUCAAGCCUAGGAGUCCCACAACCCCCCAGGUUCUCCUCCCUCCCUGCUGGUGGGCUCCUCCAGCCUGGGAUCCAAAGCCAGUUGGGAUCAGGUGCUGGCUUUGCUUCCUCAUUGAUGUUGUAUGCCGAGGCCUGGGUCCUGGAGCCUGGUCCCCCACACCAGCCCUGUUGGCCUUUUUCCAGACACUCAUGGGGCUGGCAGUGUCUGACCCAGGUGGCACACCUAUUGCUCCCAUCUGCAAGGCCCUGCAUCUGUGAUGUGACCUGGGGCUUCAACAGGCCCAGGAGGGUCGGUAGCCUUUGGGAGGAGGCCGUGAAGGUGCUAAAAUGCCUGUUGUGAUUGGAGAUGGUUGUAUGUAUGCACUGCCCAUGGUGCACCUGCCCUAGAGACCCCCCUUGGUGUGCCAGGCGGGGUUCACCACAUUGGUCUCCACUUCCUGUGUCCCUGUAGCUCACCAGUGGCAAGGUUUUGCUGUAACCACUCAGAAGGGUGUGAAACUUGCUGUGUCCUCCCUGAGUGCCUCUCCUGACGACUGUGGAGGUCAAGGGUGUGACUGGAGGAUAGUGGCAGGUGACAGGGCCUGAAAAGACUGCUGUGGCCCCACUCCCAUGGCCAGCUAGCUACCGCCUGGGGUCUGGCCUUGGGGAGUCACCUGUCUUUCAGGCCACUGUCCUCAGUUGCACAGGGGCUACCUCUGUGGCUAUAACCCUGCCUUUGUCAGAUGUGGCUUCUGACCCUUUGACCACACCCUCCUCUGUAGACUCCCAUAGGAGUCUGUGUGAGGGGGUGGGACUGUGCCUACAUUGCCAGUGAGCCCCACAGGAAGCCUUGGAGAGGCCACAGGUCAGGAUAGGGGGGCUUUGGGAAUCUUGUGAGGAUUGGGGCAGGGCCUGGCAUGUUCUUGCCAAUGUGUGGUCUAGGUUAGGGGCCACUGGGUGGGGCCUGAGGGGCAGCAGCAAUUUUACAAGUCGGGCUUCAGCCAGCAACCCCCAGCCUGCCCUGCAGUCUCCCAGUGAAGAUGAGUCUGCAGCAGCCCUGGCUCUGGGCACCUCACUGGCAAGUCCUGUGGGAGAAGACGGGCAGUGUGAGGACUGAUGGGUGGGGUUGUGGAGGUCCUAGGCCCUAUGCUGCCCCUGGUGUCCUAUUUUGGCUCUUCCUGGAGGACCCUUGCUGGUCCUUGGGUCUGGGGAGGUGUGGGGCCAGCUUUGCCUGGAUUGCCCCCAUGUCUGUGUGUCAGAGGUGGGGUGGGUGGCCACCUGGUGUGUAGAGAAGAGGCCAGUGGCUUGCCGACCCCCAGGCACCCUUGCCUGCAUGCUCCCAGCUCUGCCUGGCCUGUUUGGGGGUGUGGCCAGGCUCACCAUGCUCCUCAGCACUGAUCAACACCACCCCCUGUGCCUCCACACCCUCCCCAGCAGCAUCCUGUGGUGGGGGUCCAGGUCCCAGAUGUCUCUCUCCCAAGGAGCCAGGGACCCUGCCUCCAGCAGUCCUGACUUGGUUUAAUGGCCCCUGCCCUGUGACUGUGUCUCUGAGGGCAUCCAAACAGACUGUCCCCAAGGCUCAUGCCUGCACCCACUGUUACCAUGACAUUGACCACAGCUGUAGCCACAGGAGGGCUAGAAACCAAAGGCCUUUAUCAGGCUUGAGGCCCAAGGCAUCUGUUUUCUGGGGUCUCCCAGGUUGUAUUCCAGCCUGCCCCUCCUCAGCUUCCUGAGAUGGCCUGCAAUGGCCAGAUGUAGCAGAGAAGCCAGCCAGUCAGUCCCCAGUCCUCUCACUGAGGCCUCUGUCAGUUCGCAAAUCCUGGUGAAUGUCUACUGGAGCCAAUGCACAGCUCAGGUAGGACCGUCCCUGAGUAUGUGGGGGGCUGAUGCCUGGGCACAGCCACACUGUGAAGAGGCCAGAUGGUCAGCUGUCCUGGGGACAGCUGAGUCAUCCCAAGAGCCAUGCACAGGGACCCACAGCUGUGGCUGGCCGCAGCAUGGAGGUGAAGACUGGGUUCCCUGCUCCCUGGGGGAGGAGUGCUGUGUGAUUCCAGGAGGCAUUUGGAAGGGCUUGGGAACUGAGAACAGGGUGGGAUGCUGAGCAGGGCCUGGCCGAGAAUGGAGGCUGGUCAGUGAUGGAGGCCGGUCAGUGGGAAGGUCAUUCUGCAGCCAAGUGCCCAGAAACUUUGGGCCAGGAAGGGGGCGGGGUGCUGAGGAGGAGAGAAAGUGGGCAGUGUAGGUCAUGUCCUGAGGAGGGGGUUGUUCUGGGCACUGGGCCCUUCAUGGCCUAGCCCACCUCUCAUCACCAGGGCCCUUUGUGCCCUUGCAGCCCCCUGCCCCCAGCAAUGUCAGAUGCCAUUCCCAUCAUCCUCCCUCAGGCUAUGAGGAUAUGAGAAUCAGUCAGGGUCAGAGAGAAAAGCCAUGCACAUGUUCCCUGCUGAACUCAAGAAUGGGAUCCGCCACUCCUAGACUGAGCUGUCCUGGGGAGACACCACAUUUCAGAUGCUUGGGCAGCUCUGACAUGCUGCCAUCUAAGGCUGAACCAAAGCCUCAUGUCUCUUGCCCAGGUACACCUGAGGCCCCCAGGGCCUGUCCUGCUGUAGCUCCCCUGGCACCCAGGACCUCAGGAGCUUCCCAUCCUUCCCAUCCUGCUCCAAGGAAACCCGGGCCUGGUAACCCUCCCACUGAACUCAGCCCCUUAACAUGGAGAACAGACUGCAGCCAGGAUGCAUCUUGCUUGGUGGAAGUAGGAGGCAAGCUUCUCCAGGGUCAGGAGAAGCUUGGACAGCACGGCCAUGCCUCAGAGGACCCAGGGGCUUUGCACCCUCAUUUGCCAUCUUGGAGGGUUGGCGAUGUCACCCUGAGUCAUUAUAAGGGGCCAUGACAACAUCUGGUGUCACAUCAUCUCACAAAUGGAGGAGAGGAGCAGAGCCUCCUCCUGCGAUCCCCUCUCUUGGUAGGAAAGUCUUCCCAGGACGUGCUCAGCAUGUGUGCCCUCUGUGUGCCCAGAACCUUUUCCAGGUCCCAGGCCCACCCAGAGCCCAUUCCAGGACAAUCCCAGUCUCUUUUGCUGGCAGUGGGGAAAGUGGUUACUGUGAGUGCUCUCAGGCCACCAGGUGAGCCUGCCGCAGUGUCAGGGACUCGGGCAGGACUCCUGAGUCUGAGACAAAAGACUUCCUUAGAGCACAGUGGGCAGCGGGAGCGCUGGUGUGGUUGUGCUUC